AUGGAAACUAAAAUUCCCACAGAAAUAUUAACCAAAAUUUUAAAUAAUAAUACUAGUUCUACUCAAGACUUAUAUUCAUCAUUAUUAGUUAAUCGAAUCAGUUGUAAAGUUACUGUACCUUUGCUUUGGGAAUUAACUUUGGGUCAGGAAUGUUGUAUGGAUGAUGAGGAGUUGAGUAAGAAAGCAUUAUGUAUUCGAACUUAUAUAUCAUGUAUGGAUACUCAAGCGCGAACUUUACUGACUCAAAAUGGAUUUGAUUUAUCAUCAUCACCACCUCAAGCCACUUUUGAUUAUCCAUCAUUGACAGAGGUUCCCAAAAAUUUUGGAAAAAAUUUUCGCGAUUAUAGUGAUAUAAUUGUUACAAUUUUCAAGUUACUUAGUGCCCCAAAGAUAUUUAAGAAAUUAGAAAGUCUUACUUCAAUAAUAAUAAGAGAUGAACAGAUUCGUUCAUUAACUGAAUCAUUAGCAUUAAUUUCUGAUAAUAUUUUAAAUAUGGAUUUGUCCUUGUUCUCACAUUCUCAAGCACGAUUUUUUGCAGAACUUAUUAGUACUCAAAAAUGUUUAGAAAAUCUAUCAAUUAUUGCUGCUAGAUAUGAAAAAUCAUCACCAAUUGGACAAUUUACUUCACUUCAAGAACUUAAUAUGGAAAAUUGUUAUGGAUUACAUAAAUCAGAUAGUCUAUUCUUUGCUUCAUCAUUUACUCAAUUAAGUAGUUUUCAUUUUUCAUAUCAAAUUGAAAUGUAUCAUCAUGAAUUUGCUAUAAAGAUUCUUGAAGUAUCCAAUGCAAAUUUAAAAAAUCUCUGUCUAGAUUUAUAUUUUCAGCAAUUUUAA